AUGCUGAAGUUAUUCCAGGCACUGGUUUUACUUGUAUUAUUAUUAAUUUCAUUAUGCAGUUCCAAAUCUAAUGAGGAAAUCAACAAGAAAUUGUAUACCAGAGUUUUAGAGUUUCUGGGCACUUUGGCACCUGGUAAAUGUGCUGGCAUACUUUUGAAUAAAACAAAUUCAGACUUAUUUUCACCAAAAUUAAGUGGCCGUAUUCUUCCACCCGGCUCAUUCGACACACCAUCAGAUGCUUUGGAAUAUUUAUACGGUAUUCUGUGUGCCAUUCCGGGUAUGGCUGAACGACCGUACACAGCAAUCUCGAGUCAGUUGGCUCAGCUAACAUAUGACGCUGAAAAAUAUUUGGUCGGAGCAGAAAUUGUGCUGCAAUUAACUCACAAUAAACAAGUGACAUUUUUGGUCUUUAUUGCCUUCGAUAAAAACUAUGCGCUAUGUGGCUACGACGGACAAAUACGAAAUCCUGGUCUCACGUUCGAUCAGCCAAAGAAAACAAAUGCUGAUACCAUCGAAAAGCUUUGUGCUGGAAUCCAAAAGAUCUGUACCGGAAAUAAUACACAGUAUAAGAACAUGAAGCAGUGCAUAACAUUCAUGACAAAUGAGAUACCAUUUUCAACGUAUGAUCGACUCGAUCAGAAUAAUGUUAUUUGCCGAACACUUCAUAUUCAACUGGCGGUUGUGGCACCUACAGUUCACUGCCCACACGUUGGACCAACUGGAGGUGGAAAAUGCGCCGAUAAAACGUCUGAGUCAUAUUACCAAAAUGCGACAUAUCUGUCGUGUGCAGCUCAACGAUAA